AUGAGUCAACAACGAAGACGAGGCAUGGUUGAAAAUUAUUUGGUUAUAUGGGUUGAUGGAAAUAUUGAUAUGACCAAUGAAGACUGUCAAAAUACACUUGUACAAUUGCGAGGUGUUGUAAAUCAAGUCAAUCUAUGUACAACGGUUGAACAAUGUAUUCAACAGCUGAAUGAAAAUCCUGACGAGAUAUUAUUUGUUAUCUCUUCGGGUACACUUGGACAGCAUUUAGUGCCAAAUAUUCAUGAGAUGCAAAAAUUAAAAUCAGUAUAUAUAUUUUGUCGAAACAAACAACAGCAUCAAGUAUGGGCCCAAAAUUGGGGAAAAGUCAAGGGUGUCCAUACGACUAUCAAACACAUUUGUGAAAAACUGACCACGGCUAUCAAGCAAUAUAAUGAAGACAAUAUAACAGUCAGUAUUGUUGAUCAUCCAACAUUGGCUGAAAUCUACAAUAAUAUCGGUGGAGUGCAUCAUAUUAUGGGUAACUAUUCGGAAGCACUUCAAAAUUUCGAAAAAGCACUUGAAAUAAGAGAAACAGCUCUGCCUCCGAGUCAUCCCGAUUUGGCUCAAACCUACGCUUGGAUCGGUGCAACGUAUAACACCACGGGUUACUAUGCCAAAGCACUUGAAUUUUACGAAAAAGCACAUCAAAUCUACGGGAAAACUCUGCCUUCAAAUCAUCCCGAUAUGGGUGCUUCCCAUAACAGCAUCGGUGGAGUGUAUAAUGGCAUGGGUGACUAUGCAAAAGCACUUGAAUAUUACGAAAAAGCAAAUCAAAUCUACGAAAAAGCUCUGCCUCCAAAUCAUCCCGAUUUAGCUACUUCCUAUAGCACAAUCGGUCAAAUGUUUACUAACAUGGGUGGUUACUCGAAAGCACUUGAAUUUUACGAAAAAGCACACAAAAUCUACGAAAAAGCUCUGUCUCCGAAUCAUCCAGAUUUGGCUAGUUCUUACAACAACAUAGGUCGAGUGAAUCUCAGCAUGGGUGAUCACGGAAAAGCACUUGAAUUUUUUGAAAAAGCACUGGAAAUCAACGAAAAAGCUCUGUCUCCGAACCAUCCCUCAUUGGCUACUUCCUACAAUAAUAUCGGCCUAGUACACAACAACAUGGGUGACUACUCGAAAGCACUUGAAUUUUAUGAAAAAUCACAUCUAAUGUACGAAAAAGCUUUCCCUCCGAAUCAUCCAUCAUUGGCUGGAAGUCACUUGAGUUUCGCAGCGUGUUACGAACGAAUGGGUGAUUACACAGCAGCUCUUAAGGCUCUUCAAAGUGCUUUUAAAAUCCAGCAAAAUGCAUUUCAAGAAGGCAAUCAAGCUUUUUCUUCAACGUAUAGUUGGUUCGGAAAAGUUUAUCGCGGUAUGAAAGAGUAUUCAAGGGCACUUAAGUAUUUUGAAAAGUGUCUCGCAAUAGACCAAAAAACAUUGCUUGAAAGACAUCCGGAUUUUGGUAUAACAUACAGUAAUAUUGGUGAUGUUCAUCGAUUAUUGGGUGAUUAUGAAAAGGCACUUUUAUUUCAUCGAAAAGCAUUGAAUAUUCAAGAAAAUGUUCAGUGUAACCCUCUACAACGUGCAAUGACAUAUGUCAGUUUAGGUGAAACAUAUCGACAAAUGAAUAAUUAUUCAACGGCAUUGACAUAUUUUCAAAAAGCACUAGAAAUACGUAAAAAGAAACUACCAAAAAAUCAUCCUGAUUUAGCUGUUAUUUAUCAUAAUUUAGCGAACAUAUAUAUUAUUCUACUCAACAAUGCAGUAUAG